CGUUCGGCCGGCGGGCGUGUACACCGACUACUCUUUAUAUAUAAAGAGAUCUUACGAAACCGUUAGCACAUUCGGACUACAGCCUGUCCAGGAAGUUGCCUGUUCCUAUUGUCACCGACUCAAGAUGCUGCUCUCAUUGGUUUUUGGGGUCGCUGUGUUGUUGAAAAUGAUUGCUGCUAACCCAUACAUUGAUAAUCAACCCCAACCACAAGUGGUACGAUCACAGAUUAACACAGCAAAUUUGCCAAAUUCCUAUGACUUUUACUAUGACGCCAGCGACGGGUCUUCACGUACGGAACGCGGAGCCAUUUUAAACUCCGGUACAAAUGACGCCGCCCUGGACGUUCAAGGAGCUGUCCGUUGGUACGACAAAAAAGGACAGCUAUAUGAAAUGACUUACAAAGCUGGUAAAAGAGGUUACAGAACUAUCAUAAAGAAAGUGUCGUGAAGUCCGAAAAUUGCAUCAAAUAUCAUUUACCUAAUCACUUCGUGAAUCUCUAAAAGACUUUAUAGUAUUAGAUUUAUAUUUAUUAUUACUACUCACAGUAGAGUUUUCUAACUUUUUAACGAGACAUGAAAUGUAUUAAUUUCGAUAGAAUAAAAUAAUCAGAAUUUUAGAAAAAUAUGGAAAACAAAACUUUCGCCCGUUUUGCGGCGCUGCGCAUGCAUGACAUUCGCUCUGAAAUAAAGUUUGUGUAUUUACUUUAUUUUAUCUCUCAAUACCAGCUUCAUGAAAGCAGUAUUUUGUAUUAGUUUUUAAUAGAACAAAAACA